UCACACCCCCUGCCCCCUCAUGCCAUCCGCUCCCCCCGCCCCUACCCUCCGCGUGCCCGCUCCCUCGCCGCCUCUUUUGACCCUCCCUGCCCCCCUCGCCGUUACCCACCGCUCGCCAUUCGCUCCUCCCCGCCCGUGCCCUCCCCUCGUUUACCUUCGCCUCCCCCCUCCCCUCCUCUGCUGCACGCCUCUUCCUUCCCCUCGCUAACCCACUCCACUCCCUGCCCCUCCUCAAUCCGCACCCUGCCCCUCGUUUCUCGCCCCCCUACGCUUGGUUUCUCCCCUCCCUGCCCCUCGCCGCCUUUCUCCGCUCCCCACCUCCCCCCUCUCCCUGCCCCCCCACUCUCCUCCACUUGCCCUUGGCUUCCCACCUCCCUGCCCCACCUUUCCCCCCUCCGUGUGCUCAGCUUCUCCCCUCCCUGCCUCUCCCUCCUCCCCGCCCUGCCCCUCAUUUUCCGCCCCCCCACGCCCGGUUUCUCCCCUCCCUGCACCUCCCUUUCUUUCUCCGUGCCUCUCCUUUGCUCCCUCCCUGCCCCCGCCUGCCCAUGCCCCUGUCUUUGGUUUCUCCCCUCCCUGCCCCACGUUUCUUCCCUCCCUGAGAUCACCUUGUACCCCCUCUGCCCCUCCCUUGUUCUCCCCGCACCCAUUGCUUCUCCCCUCCCUGCCCUUGAUUUCCCGCACCCCUGCCCUUGUUUCCUACCAUCCAUGCCCCUCGUUUCCCCUCUUUGUACGUUCACCCUCUUCCCUCCCUGCCCCUCCCUUCCUCCCCCCCUGCCCUUUGCUUUCCCCUCGUUACGCUCCCUUCUCCCCAUCCCUGCUGCCCUCUUACCACCAUCAGCCCGUCCCCACCACCAGCCCCCCUCCCACCCUUCUCCCCCCCCCCCCUCUCCCUCUCUCUCUCUCUCUCUCUCUCUCUUUCUCUCGCACACACACACACACACACACUCCCCUCCCCCACCCCCCACCCACAUCCUCCCGUUCUGCCCCUCCCUGCCCCUGUUCCACCCCCUCGCACGCCCCUCACCUCUCACCUCCGUUCAACUGGAUUCCCCCCCUCUGUCACACCCCCUGCCCCCUCAUGCCAUCCGCUCCCCCCGCCCCUACCCUCCGCGUGCCCGCUCCCUCGCCGCCUCUUUUGACCCUCCCUGCCCCCCUCGCCGUUACCCACCGCUCGCCAUUCGCUCCUCCCCGCCCGUGCCCUCCCCUCGUUUACCUUCGCCUCCCCCCUCCCCUCCUCUGCUGCACGCCUCUUCCUUCCCCUCGCUAACCCACUCCACUCCCUGCCCCUCCUCAAUCCGCACCCUGCCCCUCGUUUCUCGCCCCCCUACGCUUGGUUUCUCCCCUCCCUGCCCCUCGCCGCCUUUCUCCGCUCCCCACCUCCCCCCUCUCCCUGCCCCCCCACUCUCCUCCACUUGCCCUUGGCUUCCCACCUCCCUGCCCCACCUUUCCCCCCUCCGUGUGCUCAGCUUCUCCCCUCCCUGCCUCUCCCUCCUCCCCGCCCUGCCCCUCAUUUUCCGCCCCCCCACGCCCGGUUUCUCCCCUCCCUGCACCUCCCUUUCUUUCUCCGUGCCUCUCCUUUGCUCCCUCCCUGCCCCCGCCUGCCCAUGCCCCUGUCUUUGGUUUCUCCCCUCCCUGCCCCACGUUUCUUCCCUCCCUGAGAUCACCUUGUACCCCCUCUGCCCCUCCCUUGUUCUCCCCGCACCCAUUGCUUCUCCCCUCCCUGCCCUUGAUUUCCCGCACCCCUGCCCUUGUUUCCUACCAUCCAUGCCCCUCGUUUCCCCUCUUUGUACGUUCACCCUCUUCCCUCCCUGCCCCUCCCUUCCUCCCCCCCUGCCCUUUGCUUUCCCCUCCCCCUGCCCGUUGCUGCCCCUCCCCUUGCCCCCUCAACUCCCCUGCCCCCCGUACACCCCACUCCCGUCCAACCGCCCCCACCCUCCCCCGGCUGCCCGUUUCCGCUCUCCACCCCCGCGACCGUGUGCGGCUUCCAACCGCCCAACGGUGUCACACCCCCUGCCCCCUCAUGCCAUCCGCUCCCCCCGCCCCUACCCUCCGCGUGCCCGCUCCCUCGCCGCCUCUUUUGACCCUCCCUGCCCCCCUCGCCGUUACCCACCGCUCGCCAUUCGCUCCUCCCCGCCCGUGCCCUCCCCUCGUUUACCUUCGCCUCCCCCCUCCCCUCCUCUGCUGCACGCCUCUUCCUUCCCCUCGCUAACCCACUCCACUCCCUGCCCCUCCUCAAUCCGCACCCUGCCCCUCGUUUCUCGCCCCCCUACGCUUGGUUUCUCCCCUCCCUGCCCCUCGCCGCCUUUCUCCGCUCCCCACCUCCCCCCUCUCCCUGCCCCCCCACUCUCCUCCACUUGCCCUUGGCUUCCCACCUCCCUGCCCCACCUUUCCCCCCUCCGUGUGCUCAGCUUCUCCCCUCCCUGCCUCUCCCUCCUCCCCGCCCUGCCCCUCAUUUUCCGCCCCCCCACGCCCGGUUUCUCCCCUCCCUGCACCUCCCUUUCUUUCUCCGUGCCUCUCCUUUGCUCCCUCCCUGCCCCCGCCUGCCCAUGCCCCUGUCUUUGGUUUCUCCCCUCCCUGCCCCACGUUUCUUCCCUCCCUGAGAUCACCUUGUACCCCCUCUGCCCCUCCCUUGUUCUCCCCGCACCCAUUGCUUCUCCCCUCCCUGCCCUUGAUUUCCCGCACCCCUGCCCUUGUUUCCUACCAUCCAUGCCCCUCGUUUCCCCUCUUUGUACGUUCACCCUCUUCCCUCCCUGCCCCUCCCUUCCUCCCCCCCUGCCCUUUGCUUUCCCCUCCCCCUGCCCGUUGCUGCCCCUCCCCUUGCCCCCUCAACUCCCCUGCCCCCCGUACACCCCACUCCCGUCCAACCGCCCCCACCCUCCCCCGGCUGCCCGUUUCCGCUCUCCACCCCCGCGACCGUGUGCGGCUUCCAACCGCCCAACGGUGUCACACCCCCUGCCCCCUCAUGCCAUCCGCUCCCCCCGCCCCUACCCUCCGCGUGCCCGCUCCCUCGCCGCCUCUUUUGACCCUCCCUGCCCCCCUCGCCGUUACCCACCGCUCGCCAUUCGCUCCUCCCCGCCCGUGCCCUCCCCUCGUUUACCUUCGCCUCCCCCCUCCCCUCCUCUGCUGCACGCCUCUUCCUUCCCCUCGCUAACCCACUCCACUCCCUGCCCCUCCUCAAUCCGCACCCUGCCCCUCGUUUCUCGCCCCCCUACGCUUGGUUUCUCCCCUCCCUGCCCCUCGCCGCCUUUCUCCGCUCCCCACCUCCCCCCUCUCCCUGCCCCCCCACUCUCCUCCACUUGCCCUUGGCUUCCCACCUCCCUGCCCCACCUUUCCCCCCUCCGUGUGCUCAGCUUCUCCCCUCCCUGCCUCUCCCUCCUCCCCGCCCUGCCCCUCAUUUUCCGCCCCCCCACGCCCGGUUUCUCCCCUCCCUGCACCUCCCUUUCUUUCUCCGUGCCUCUCCUUUGCUCCCUCCCUGCCCCCGCCUGCCCAUGCCCCUGUCUUUGGUUUCUCCCCUCCCUGCCCCACGUUUCUUCCCUCCCUGAGAUCACCUUGUACCCCCUCUGCCCCUCCCUUGUUCUCCCCGCACCCAUUGCUUCUCCCCUCCCUGCCCUUGAUUUCCCGCACCCCUGCCCUUGUUUCCUACCAUCCAUGCCCCUCGUUUCCCCUCUUUGUACGUUCACCCUCUUCCCUCCCUGCCCCUCCCUUCCUCCCCCCCUGCCCUUUGCUUUCCCCUCCCCCUGCCCGUUGCUGCCCCUCCCCUUGCCCCCUCAACUCCCCUGCCCCCCGUACACCCCACUCCCGUCCAACCGCCCCCACCCUCCCCCGGCUGCCCGUUUCCGCUCUCCACCCCCGCGACCGUGUGCGGCUUCCAACCGCCCAACGGUGUCACACCCCCUGCCCCCUCAUGCCAUCCGCUCCCCCCGCCCCUACCCUCCGCGUGCCCGCUCCCUCGCCGCCUCUUUUGACCCUCCCUGCCCCCCUCGCCGUUACCCACCGCUCGCCAUUCGCUCCUCCCCGCCCGUGCCCUCCCCUCGUUUACCUUCGCCUCCCCCCUCCCCUCCUCUGCUGCACGCCUCUUCCUUCCCCUCGCUAACCCACUCCACUCCCUGCCCCUCCUCAAUCCGCACCCUGCCCCUCGUUUCUCGCCCCCCUACGCUUGGUUUCUCCCCUCCCUGCCCCUCGCCGCCUUUCUCCGCUCCCCACCUCCCCCCUCUCCCUGCCCCCCCACUCUCCUCCACUUGCCCUUGGCUUCCCACCUCCCUGCCCCACCUUUCCCCCCUCCGUGUGCUCAGCUUCUCCCCUCCCUGCCUCUCCCUCCUCCCCGCCCUGCCCCUCAUUUUCCGCCCCCCCACGCCCGGUUUCUCCCCUCCCUGCACCUCCCUUUCUUUCUCCGUGCCUCUCCUUUGCUCCCUCCCUGCCCCCGCCUGCCCAUGCCCCUGUCUUUGGUUUCUCCCCUCCCUGCCCCACGUUUCUUCCCUCCCUGAGAUCACCUUGUACCCCCUCUGCCCCUCCCUUGUUCUCCCCGCACCCAUUGCUUCUCCCCUCCCUGCCCUUGAUUUCCCGCACCCCUGCCCUUGUUUCCUACCAUCCAUGCCCCUCGUUUCCCCUCUUUGUACGUUCACCCUCUUCCCUCCCUGCCCCUCCCUUCCUCCCCCCCUGCCCUUUGCUUUCCCCUCCCCCUGCCCGUUGCUGCCCCUCCCCUUGCCCCCUCAACUCCCCUGCCCCCCGUACACCCCACUCCCGUCCAACCGCCCCCACCCUCCCCCGGCUGCCCGUUUCCGCUCUCCACCCCCGCGACCGUGUGCGGCUUCCAACCGCCCAACGGUGUCACACCCCCUGCCCCCUCAUGCCAUCCGCUCCCCCCGCCCCUACCCUCCGCGUGCCCGCUCCCUCGCCGCCUCUUUUGACCCUCCCUGCCCCCCUCGCCGUUACCCACCGCUCGCCAUUCGCUCCUCCCCGCCCGUGCCCUCCCCUCGUUUACCUUCGCCUCCCCCCUCCCCUCCUCUGCUGCACGCCUCUUCCUUCCCCUCGCUAACCCACUCCACUCCCUGCCCCUCCUCAAUCCGCACCCUGCCCCUCGUUUCUCGCCCCCCUACGCUUGGUUUCUCCCCUCCCUGCCCCUCGCCGCCUUUCUCCGCUCCCCACCUCCCCCCUCUCCCUGCCCCCCCACUCUCCUCCACUUGCCCUUGGCUUCCCACCUCCCUGCCCCACCUUUCCCCCCUCCGUGUGCUCAGCUUCUCCCCUCCCUGCCUCUCCCUCCUCCCCGCCCUGCCCCUCAUUUUCCGCCCCCCCACGCCCGGUUUCUCCCCUCCCUGCACCUCCCUUUCUUUCUCCGUGCCUCUCCUUUGCUCCCUCCCUGCCCCCGCCUGCCCAUGCCCCUGUCUUUGGUUUCUCCCCUCCCUGCCCCACGUUUCUUCCCUCCCUGAGAUCACCUUGUACCCCCUCUGCCCCUCCCUUGUUCUCCCCGCACCCAUUGCUUCUCCCCUCCCUGCCCUUGAUUUCCCGCACCCCUGCCCUUGUUUCCUACCAUCCAUGCCCCUCGUUUCCCCUCUUUGUACGUUCACCCUCUUCCCUCCCUGCCCCUCCCUUCCUCCCCCCCUGCCCUUUGCUUUCCCCUCCCCCUGCCCGUUGCUGCCCCUCCCCUUGCCCCCUCAACUCCCCUGCCCCCCGUACACCCCACUCCCGUCCAACCGCCCCCACCCUCCCCCGGCUGCCCGUUUCCGCUCUCCACCCCCGCGACCGUGUGCGGCUUCCAACCGCCCAACGGUGUCACACCCCCUGCCCCCUCAUGCCAUCCGCUCCCCCCGCCCCUACCCUCCGCGUGCCCGCUCCCUCGCCGCCUCUUUUGACCCUCCCUGCCCCCCUCGCCGUUACCCACCGCUCGCCAUUCGCUCCUCCCCGCCCGUGCCCUCCCCUCGUUUACCUUCGCCUCCCCCCUCCCCUCCUCUGCUGCACGCCUCUUCCUUCCCCUCGCUAACCCACUCCACUCCCUGCCCCUCCUCAAUCCGCACCCUGCCCCUCGUUUCUCGCCCCCCUACGCUUGGUUUCUCCCCUCCCUGCCCCUCGCCGCCUUUCUCCGCUCCCCACCUCCCCCCUCUCCCUGCCCCCCCACUCUCCUCCACUUGCCCUUGGCUUCCCACCUCCCUGCCCCACCUUUCCCCCCUCCGUGUGCUCAGCUUCUCCCCUCCCUGCCUCUCCCUCCUCCCCGCCCUGCCCCUCAUUUUCCGCCCCCCCACGCCCGGUUUCUCCCCUCCCUGCACCUCCCUUUCUUUCUCCGUGCCUCUCCUUUGCUCCCUCCCUGCCCCCGCCUGCCCAUGCCCCUGUCUUUGGUUUCUCCCCUCCCUGCCCCACGUUUCUUCCCUCCCUGAGAUCACCUUGUACCCCCUCUGCCCCUCCCUUGUUCUCCCCGCACCCAUUGCUUCUCCCCUCCCUGCCCUUGAUUUCCCGCACCCCUGCCCUUGUUUCCUACCAUCCAUGCCCCUCGUUUCCCCUCUUUGUACGUUCACCCUCUUCCCUCCCUGCCCCUCCCUUCCUCCCCCCCUGCCCUUUGCUUUCCCCUCGUUACGCUCCCUUCUCCCCAUCCCUGCUGCCCUCUUACCACCAUCAGCCCGUCCCCACCACCAGCCCCCCUCCCACCCUUCUCCCCCCCCCCCCUCUCCCUCUCUCUCUCUCUCUCUCUCUCUUUCUCUCGCACACACACACACACACACACUCCCCUCCCCCACCCCCCACCCACAUCCUCCCGUUCUGCCCCUCCCUGCCCCUGUUCCACCCCCUCGCACGCCCCUCACCUCUCACCUCCGUUCAACUGGAUUCCCCCCCUCUGGUGCAUCCCUUGCAUCGCUCGCCCCUCUGCUCACCCUCUGCCCGCCCCUUUUCCUUGCCCUCAGCUGGCCCAGCCCCUGCCCGUUGCUGCCCCUCCCCUUGCCCCCUCAACUCCCCUGCCCCCCGUACACCCCACUCCCGUCCAACCGCCCCCACCCUCCCCCGGCUGCCCGUUUCCGCUCUCCACCCCCGCGACCGUGUGCGGCUUCCAACCGCCCAACGGUGUCACACCCCCUGCCCCCUCAUGCCAUCCGCUCCCCCCGCCCCUACCCUCCGCGUGCCCGCUCCCUCGCCGCCUCUUUUGACCCUCCCUGCCCCCCUCGCCGUUACCCACCGCUCGCCAUUCGCUCCUCCCCGCCCGUGCCCUCCCCUCGUUUACCUUCGCCUCCCCCCUCCCCUCCUCUGCUGCACGCCUCUUCCUUCCCCUCGCUAACCCACUCCACUCCCUGCCCCUCCUCAAUCCGCACCCUGCCCCUCGUUUCUCGCCCCCCUACGCUUGGUUUCUCCCCUCCCUGCCCCUCGCCGCCUUUCUCCGCUCCCCACCUCCCCCCUCUCCCUGCCCCCCCACUCUCCUCCACUUGCCCUUGGCUUCCCACCUCCCUGCCCCACCUUUCCCCCCUCCGUGUGCUCAGCUUCUCCCCUCCCUGCCUCUCCCUCCUCCCCGCCCUGCCCCUCAUUUUCCGCCCCCCCACGCCCGGUUUCUCCCCUCCCUGCACCUCCCUUUCUUUCUCCGUGCCUCUCCUUUGCUCCCUCCCUGCCCCCGCCUGCCCAUGCCCCUGUCUUUGGUUUCUCCCCUCCCUGCCCCACGUUUCUUCCCUCCCUGAGAUCACCUUGUACCCCCUCUGCCCCUCCCUUGUUCUCCCCGCACCCAUUGCUUCUCCCCUCCCUGCCCUUGAUUUCCCGCACCCCUGCCCUUGUUUCCUACCAUCCAUGCCCCUCGUUUCCCCUCUUUGUACGUUCACCCUCUUCCCUCCCUGCCCCUCCCUUCCUCCCCCCCUGCCCUUUGCUUUCCCCUCGUUACGCUCCCUUCUCCCCAUCCCUGCUGCCCUCUUACCACCAUCAGCCCGUCCCCACCACCAGCCCCCCUCCCACCCUUCUCCCCCCCCCCCCUCUCCCUCUCUCUCUCUCUCUCUCUCUCUCUUUCUCUCGCACACACACACACACACACACUCCCCUCCCCCACCCCCCACCCACAUCCUCCCGUUCUGCCCCUCCCUGCCCCUGUUCCACCCCCUCGCACGCCCCUCACCUCUCACCUCCGUUCAACUGGAUUCCCCCCCUCUGUCACACCCCCUGCCCCCUCAUGCCAUCCGCUCCCCCCGCCCCUACCCUCCGCGUGCCCGCUCCCUCGCCGCCUCUUUUGACCCUCCCUGCCCCCCUCGCCGUUACCCACCGCUCGCCAUUCGCUCCUCCCCGCCCGUGCCCUCCCCUCGUUUACCUUCGCCUCCCCCCUCCCCUCCUCUGCUGCACGCCUCUUCCUUCCCCUCGCUAACCCACUCCACUCCCUGCCCCUCCUCAAUCCGCACCCUGCCCCUCGUUUCUCGCCCCCCUACGCUUGGUUUCUCCCCUCCCUGCCCCUCGCCGCCUUUCUCCGCUCCCCACCUCCCCCCUCUCCCUGCCCCCCCACUCUCCUCCACUUGCCCUUGGCUUCCCACCUCCCUGCCCCACCUUUCCCCCCUCCGUGUGCUCAGCUUCUCCCCUCCCUGCCUCUCCCUCCUCCCCGCCCUGCCCCUCAUUUUCCGCCCCCCCACGCCCGGUUUCUCCCCUCCCUGCACCUCCCUUUCUUUCUCCGUGCCUCUCCUUUGCUCCCUCCCUGCCCCCGCCUGCCCAUGCCCCUGUCUUUGGUUUCUCCCCUCCCUGCCCCACGUUUCUUCCCUCCCUGAGAUCACCUUGUACCCCCUCUGCCCCUCCCUUGUUCUCCCCGCACCCAUUGCUUCUCCCCUCCCUGCCCUUGAUUUCCCGCACCCCUGCCCUUGUUUCCUACCAUCCAUGCCCCUCGUUUCCCCUCUUUGUACGUUCACCCUCUUCCCUCCCUGCCCCUCCCUUCCUCCCCCCCUGCCCUUUGCUUUCCCCUCGUUACGCUCCCUUCUCCCCAUCCCUGCUGCCCUCUUACCACCAUCAGCCCGUCCCCACCACCAGCCCCCCUCCCACCCUUCUCCCCCCCCCCCCUCUCCCUCUCUCUCUCUCUCUCUCUCUCUUUCUCUCGCACACACACACACACACACACUCCCCUCCCCCACCCCCCACCCACAUCCUCCCGUUCUGCCCCUCCCUGCCCCUGUUCCACCCCCUCGCACGCCCCUCACCUCUCACCUCCGUUCAACUGGAUUCCCCCCCUCUGGUGCAUCCCUUGCAUCGCUCGCCCCUCUGCUCACCCUCUGCCCGCCCCUUUUCCUUGCCCUCAGCUGGCCCAGCCCCUGCCCGUUGCUGCCCCUCCCCUUGCCCCCUCAACUCCCCUGCCCCCCGUACACCCCACUCCCGUCCAACCGCCCCCACCCUCCCCCGGCUGCCCGUUUCCGCUCUCCACCCCCGCGACCGUGUGCGGCUUCCAACCGCCCAACGGUGUCACACCCCCUGCCCCCUCAUGCCAUCCGCUCCCCCCGCCCCUACCCUCCGCGUGCCCGCUCCCUCGCCGCCUCUUUUGACCCUCCCUGCCCCCCUCGCCGUUACCCACCGCUCGCCAUUCGCUCCUCCCCGCCCGUGCCCUCCCCUCGUUUACCUUCGCCUCCCCCCUCCCCUCCUCUGCUGCACGCCUCUUCCUUCCCCUCGCUAACCCACUCCACUCCCUGCCCCUCCUCAAUCCGCACCCUGCCCCUCGUUUCUCGCCCCCCUACGCUUGGUUUCUCCCCUCCCUGCCCCUCGCCGCCUUUCUCCGCUCCCCACCUCCCCCCUCUCCCUGCCCCCCCACUCUCCUCCACUUGCCCUUGGCUUCCCACCUCCCUGCCCCACCUUUCCCCCCUCCGUGUGCUCAGCUUCUCCCCUCCCUGCCUCUCCCUCCUCCCCGCCCUGCCCCUCAUUUUCCGCCCCCCCACGCCCGGUUUCUCCCCUCCCUGCACCUCCCUUUCUUUCUCCGUGCCUCUCCUUUGCUCCCUCCCUGCCCCCGCCUGCCCAUGCCCCUGUCUUUGGUUUCUCCCCUCCCUGCCCCACGUUUCUUCCCUCCCUGAGAUCACCUUGUACCCCCUCUGCCCCUCCCUUGUUCUCCCCGCACCCAUUGCUUCUCCCCUCCCUGCCCUUGAUUUCCCGCACCCCUGCCCUUGUUUCCUACCAUCCAUGCCCCUCGUUUCCCCUCUUUGUACGUUCACCCUCUUCCCUCCCUGCCCCUCCCUUCCUCCCCCCCUGCCCUUUGCUUUCCCCUCGUUACGCUCCCUUCUCCCCAUCCCUGCUGCCCUCUUACCACCAUCAGCCCGUCCCCACCACCAGCCCCCCUCCCACCCUUCUCCCCCCCCCCCCUCUCCCUCUCUCUCUCUCUCUCUCUCUCUCUUUCUCUCGCACACACACACACACACACACUCCCCUCCCCCACCCCCCACCCACAUCCUCCCGUUCUGCCCCUCCCUGCCCCUGUUCCACCCCCUCGCACGCCCCUCACCUCUCACCUCCGUUCAACUGGAUUCCCCCCCUCUGUCACACCCCCUGCCCCCUCAUGCCAUCCGCUCCCCCCGCCCCUACCCUCCGCGUGCCCGCUCCCUCGCCGCCUCUUUUGACCCUCCCUGCCCCCCUCGCCGUUACCCACCGCUCGCCAUUCGCUCCUCCCCGCCCGUGCCCUCCCCUCGUUUACCUUCGCCUCCCCCCUCCCCUCCUCUGCUGCACGCCUCUUCCUUCCCCUCGCUAACCCACUCCACUCCCUGCCCCUCCUCAAUCCGCACCCUGCCCCUCGUUUCUCGCCCCCCUACGCUUGGUUUCUCCCCUCCCUGCCCCUCGCCGCCUUUCUCCGCUCCCCACCUCCCCCCUCUCCCUGCCCCCCCACUCUCCUCCACUUGCCCUUGGCUUCCCACCUCCCUGCCCCACCUUUCCCCCCUCCGUGUGCUCAGCUUCUCCCCUCCCUGCCUCUCCCUCCUCCCCGCCCUGCCCCUCAUUUUCCGCCCCCCCACGCCCGGUUUCUCCCCUCCCUGCACCUCCCUUUCUUUCUCCGUGCCUCUCCUUUGCUCCCUCCCUGCCCCCGCCUGCCCAUGCCCCUGUCUUUGGUUUCUCCCCUCCCUGCCCCACGUUUCUUCCCUCCCUGAGAUCACCUUGUACCCCCUCUGCCCCUCCCUUGUUCUCCCCGCACCCAUUGCUUCUCCCCUCCCUGCCCUUGAUUUCCCGCACCCCUGCCCUUGUUUCCUACCAUCCAUGCCCCUCGUUUCCCCUCUUUGUACGUUCACCCUCUUCCCUCCCUGCCCCUCCCUUCCUCCCCCCCUGCCCUUUGCUUUCCCCUCCCCCUGCCCGUUGCUGCCCCUCCCCUUGCCCCCUCAACUCCCCUGCCCCCCGUACACCCCACUCCCGUCCAACCGCCCCCACCCUCCCCCGGCUGCCCGUUUCCGCUCUCCACCCCCGCGACCGUGUGCGGCUUCCAACCGCCCAACGGUGUCACACCCCCUGCCCCCUCAUGCCAUCCGCUCCCCCCGCCCCUACCCUCCGCGUGCCCGCUCCCUCGCCGCCUCUUUUGACCCUCCCUGCCCCCCUCGCCGUUACCCACCGCUCGCCAUUCGCUCCUCCCCGCCCGUGCCCUCCCCUCGUUUACCUUCGCCUCCCCCCUCCCCUCCUCUGCUGCACGCCUCUUCCUUCCCCUCGCUAACCCACUCCACUCCCUGCCCCUCCUCAAUCCGCACCCUGCCCCUCGUUUCUCGCCCCCCUACGCUUGGUUUCUCCCCUCCCUGCCCCUCGCCGCCUUUCUCCGCUCCCCACCUCCCCCCUCUCCCUGCCCCCCCACUCUCCUCCACUUGCCCUUGGCUUCCCACCUCCCUGCCCCACCUUUCCCCCCUCCGUGUGCUCAGCUUCUCCCCUCCCUGCCUCUCCCUCCUCCCCGCCCUGCCCCUCAUUUUCCGCCCCCCCACGCCCGGUUUCUCCCCUCCCUGCACCUCCCUUUCUUUCUCCGUGCCUCUCCUUUGCUCCCUCCCUGCCCCCGCCUGCCCAUGCCCCUGUCUUUGGUUUCUCCCCUCCCUGCCCCACGUUUCUUCCCUCCCUGAGAUCACCUUGUACCCCCUCUGCCCCUCCCUUGUUCUCCCCGCACCCAUUGCUUCUCCCCUCCCUGCCCUUGAUUUCCCGCACCCCUGCCCUUGUUUCCUACCAUCCAUGCCCCUCGUUUCCCCUCUUUGUACGUUCACCCUCUUCCCUCCCUGCCCCUCCCUUCCUCCCCCCCUGCCCUUUGCUUUCCCCUCCCCCUGCCCGUUGCUGCCCCUCCCCUUGCCCCCUCAACUCCCCUGCCCCCCGUACACCCCACUCCCGUCCAACCGCCCCCACCCUCCCCCGGCUGCCCGUUUCCGCUCUCCACCCCCGCGACCGUGUGCGGCUUCCAACCGCCCAACGGUGUCACACCCCCUGCCCCCUCAUGCCAUCCGCUCCCCCCGCCCCUACCCUCCGCGUGCCCGCUCCCUCGCCGCCUCUUUUGACCCUCCCUGCCCCCCUCGCCGUUACCCACCGCUCGCCAUUCGCUCCUCCCCGCCCGUGCCCUCCCCUCGUUUACCUUCGCCUCCCCCCUCCCCUCCUCUGCUGCACGCCUCUUCCUUCCCCUCGCUAACCCACUCCACUCCCUGCCCCUCCUCAAUCCGCACCCUGCCCCUCGUUUCUCGCCCCCCUACGCUUGGUUUCUCCCCUCCCUGCCCCUCGCCGCCUUUCUCCGCUCCCCACCUCCCCCCUCUCCCUGCCCCCCCACUCUCCUCCACUUGCCCUUGGCUUCCCACCUCCCUGCCCCACCUUUCCCCCCUCCGUGUGCUCAGCUUCUCCCCUCCCUGCCUCUCCCUCCUCCCCGCCCUGCCCCUCAUUUUCCGCCCCCCCACGCCCGGUUUCUCCCCUCCCUGCACCUCCCUUUCUUUCUCCGUGCCUCUCCUUUGCUCCCUCCCUGCCCCCGCCUGCCCAUGCCCCUGUCUUUGGUUUCUCCCCUCCCUGCCCCACGUUUCUUCCCUCCCUGAGAUCACCUUGUACCCCCUCUGCCCCUCCCUUGUUCUCCCCGCACCCAUUGCUUCUCCCCUCCCUGCCCUUGAUUUCCCGCACCCCUGCCCUUGUUUCCUACCAUCCAUGCCCCUCGUUUCCCCUCUUUGUACGUUCACCCUCUUCCCUCCCUGCCCCUCCCUUCCUCCCCCCCUGCCCUUUGCUUUCCCCUCGUUACGCUCCCUUCUCCCCAUCCCUGCUGCCCUCUUACCACCAUCAGCCCGUCCCCACCACCAGCCCCCCUCCCACCCUUCUCCCCCCCCCCCCUCUCCCUCUCUCUCUCUCUCUCUCUCUCUCUUUCUCUCGCACACACACACACACACACACUCCCCUCCCCCACCCCCCACCCACAUCCUCCCGUUCUGCCCCUCCCUGCCCCUGUUCCACCCCCUCGCACGCCCCUCACCUCUCACCUCCGUUCAACUGGAUUCCCCCCCUCUGUCACACCCCCUGCCCCCUCAUGCCAUCCGCUCCCCCCGCCCCUACCCUCCGCGUGCCCGCUCCCUCGCCGCCUCUUUUGACCCUCCCUGCCCCCCUCGCCGUUACCCACCGCUCGCCAUUCGCUCCUCCCCGCCCGUGCCCUCCCCUCGUUUACCUUCGCCUCCCCCCUCCCCUCCUCUGCUGCACGCCUCUUCCUUCCCCUCGCUAACCCACUCCACUCCCUGCCCCUCCUCAAUCCGCACCCUGCCCCUCGUUUCUCGCCCCCCUACGCUUGGUUUCUCCCCUCCCUGCCCCUCGCCGCCUUUCUCCGCUCCCCACCUCCCCCCUCUCCCUGCCCCCCCACUCUCCUCCACUUGCCCUUGGCUUCCCACCUCCCUGCCCCACCUUUCCCCCCUCCGUGUGCUCAGCUUCUCCCCUCCCUGCCUCUCCCUCCUCCCCGCCCUGCCCCUCAUUUUCCGCCCCCCCACGCCCGGUUUCUCCCCUCCCUGCACCUCCCUUUCUUUCUCCGUGCCUCUCCUUUGCUCCCUCCCUGCCCCCGCCUGCCCAUGCCCCUGUCUUUGGUUUCUCCCCUCCCUGCCCCACGUUUCUUCCCUCCCUGAGAUCACCUUGUACCCCCUCUGCCCCUCCCUUGUUCUCCCCGCACCCAUUGCUUCUCCCCUCCCUGCCCUUGAUUUCCCGCACCCCUGCCCUUGUUUCCUACCAUCCAUGCCCCUCGUUUCCCCUCUUUGUACGUUCACCCUCUUCCCUCCCUGCCCCUCCCUUCCUCCCCCCCUGCCCUUUGCUUUCCCCUCCCCCUGCCCGUUGCUGCCCCUCCCCUUGCCCCCUCAACUCCCCUGCCCCCCGUACACCCCACUCCCGUCCAACCGCCCCCACCCUCCCCCGGCUGCCCGUUUCCGCUCUCCACCCCCGCGACCGUGUGCGGCUUCCAACCGCCCAACGGUGUCACACCCCCUGCCCCCUCAUGCCAUCCGCUCCCCCCGCCCCUACCCUCCGCGUGCCCGCUCCCUCGCCGCCUCUUUUGACCCUCCCUGCCCCCCUCGCCGUUACCCACCGCUCGCCAUUCGCUCCUCCCCGCCCGUGCCCUCCCCUCGUUUACCUUCGCCUCCCCCCUCCCCUCCUCUGCUGCACGCCUCUUCCUUCCCCUCGCUAACCCACUCCACUCCCUGCCCCUCCUCAAUCCGCACCCUGCCCCUCGUUUCUCGCCCCCCUAUGCUUGGUUUCUCCCCCCCUGCCCUUUGCUUUCCCCUCGUUACGCUCCCUUCUCCCCAUCCCUGCUGCCCUCUUACCACCAUCAGCCCCCCCUGCCCGUUGCUGCCCCUCCCCUUGCCCCCUCAACUCCCCUGCCCCCCGUACACCCCACUCCCGUCCAACCGCCCCCACCCUCCCCCGGCUGCCCGUUUCCGCUCUCCACCCCCGCGACCGUGUGCGGCUUCCAACCGCCCAACGGUGUCACACCCCCUGCCCCCUCAUGCCAUCCGCUCCCCCCGCCCCUACCCUCCGCGUGCCCGCUCCCUCGCCGCCUCUUUUGACCCUCCCUGCCCCCCUCGCCGUUACCCACCGCUCGCCAUUCGCUCCUCCCCGCCCGUGCCCUCCCCUCGUUUACCUUCGCCUCCCCCCUCCCCUCCUCUGCUGCACGCCUCUUCCUUCCCCUCGCUAACCCACUCCACUCCCUGCCCCUCCUCAAUCCGCACCCUGCCCCUCGUUUCUCGCCCCCCUACGCUUGGUUUCUCCCCUCCCUGCCCCUCGCCGCCUUUCUCCGCUCCCCACCUCCCCCCUCUCCCUGCCCCCCCACUCUCCUCCACUUGCCCUUGGCUUCCCACCUCCCUGCCCCACCUUUCCCCCCUCCGUGUGCUCAGCUUCUCCCCUCCCUGCCUCUCCCUCCUCCCCGCCCUGCCCCUCAUUUUCCGCCCCCCCACGCCCGGUUUCUCCCCUCCCUGCACCUCCCUUUCUUUCUCCGUGCCUCUCCUUUGCUCCCUCCCUGCCCCCGCCUGCCCAUGCCCCUGUCUUUGGUUUCUCCCCUCCCUGCCCCACGUUUCUUCCCUCCCUGAGAUCACCUUGUACCCCCUCUGCCCCUCCCUUGUUCUCCCCGCACCCAUUGCUUCUCCCCUCCCUGCCCUUGAUUUCCCGCACCCCUGCCCUUGUUUCCUACCAUCCAUGCCCCUCGUUUCCCCUCUUUGUACGUUCACCCUCUUCCCUCCCUGCCCCUCCCUUCCUCCCCCCCUGCCCUUUGCUUUCCCCUCCCCCUGCCCGUUGCUGCCCCUCCCCUUGCCCCCUCAACUCCCCUGCCCCCCGUACACCCCACUCCCGUCCAACCGCCCCCACCCUCCCCCGGCUGCCCGUUUCCGCUCUCCACCCCCGCGACCGUGUGCGGCUUCCAACCGCCCAACGGUGUCACACCCCCUGCCCCCUCAUGCCAUCCGCUCCCCCCGCCCCUACCCUCCGCGUGCCCGCUCCCUCGCCGCCUCUUUUGACCCUCCCUGCCCCCCUCGCCGUUACCCACCGCUCGCCAUUCGCUCCUCCCCGCCCGUGCCCUCCCCUCGUUUACCUUCGCCUCCCCCCUCCCCUCCUCUGCUGCACGCCUCUUCCUUCCCCUCGCUAACCCACUCCACUCCCUGCCCCUCCUCAAUCCGCACCCUGCCCCUCGUUUCUCGCCCCCCUACGCUUGGUUUCUCCCCUCCCUGCCCCUCGCCGCCUUUCUCCGCUCCCCACCUCCCCCCUCUCCCUGCCCCCCCACUCUCCUCCACUUGCCCUUGGCUUCCCACCUCCCUGCCCCACCUUUCCCCCCUCCGUGUGCUCAGCUUCUCCCCUCCCUGCCUCUCCCUCCUCCCCGCCCUGCCCCUCAUUUUCCGCCCCCCCACGCCCGGUUUCUCCCCUCCCUGCACCUCCCUUUCUUUCUCCGUGCCUCUCCUUUGCUCCCUCCCUGCCCCCGCCUGCCCAUGCCCCUGUCUUUGGUUUCUCCCCUCCCUGCCCCACGUUUCUUCCCUCCCUGAGAUCACCUUGUACCCCCUCUGCCCCUCCCUUGUUCUCCCCGCACCCAUUGCUUCUCCCCUCCCUGCCCUUGAUUUCCCGCACCCCUGCCCUUGUUUCCUACCAUCCAUGCCCCUCGUUUCCCCUCUUUGUACGUUCACCCUCUUCCCUCCCUGCCCCUCCCUUCCUCCCCCCCUGCCCUUUGCUUUCCCCUCCCCCUGCCCGUUGCUGCCCCUCCCCUUGCCCCCUCAACUCCCCUGCCCCCCGUACACCCCACUCCCGUCCAACCGCCCCCACCCUCCCCCGGCUGCCCGUUUCCGCUCUCCACCCCCGCGACCGUGUGCGGCUUCCAACCGCCCAACGGUGUCACACCCCCUGCCCCCUCAUGCCAUCCGCUCCCCCCGCCCCUACCCUCCGCGUGCCCGCUCCCUCGCCGCCUCUUUUGACCCUCCCUGCCCCCCUCGCCGUUACCCACCGCUCGCCAUUCGCUCCUCCCCGCCCGUGCCCUCCCCUCGUUUACCUUCGCCUCCCCCCUCCCCUCCUCUGCUGCACGCCUCUUCCUUCCCCUCGCUAACCCACUCCACUCCCUGCCCCUCCUCAAUCCGCACCCUGCCCCUCGUUUCUCGCCCCCCUACGCUUGGUUUCUCCCCUCCCUGCCCCUCGCCGCCUUUCUCCGCUCCCCACCUCCCCCCUCUCCCUGCCCCCCCACUCUCCUCCACUUGCCCUUGGCUUCCCACCUCCCUGCCCCACCUUUCCCCCCUCCGUGUGCUCAGCUUCUCCCCUCCCUGCCUCUCCCUCCUCCCCGCCCUGCCCCUCAUUUUCCGCCCCCCCACGCCCGGUUUCUCCCCUCCCUGCACCUCCCUUUCUUUCUCCGUGCCUCUCCUUUGCUCCCUCCCUGCCCCCGCCUGCCCAUGCCCCUGUCUUUGGUUUCUCCCCUCCCUGCCCCACGUUUCUUCCCUCCCUGAGAUCACCUUGUACCCCCUCUGCCCCUCCCUUGUUCUCCCCGCACCCAUUGCUUCUCCCCUCCCUGCCCUUGAUUUCCCGCACCCCUGCCCUUGUUUCCUACCAUCCAUGCCCCUCGUUUCCCCUCUUUGUACGUUCACCCUCUUCCCUCCCUGCCCCUCCCUUCCUCCCCCCCUGCCCUUUGCUUUCCCCUCGUUACGCUCCCUUCUCCCCAUCCCUGCUGCCCUCUUACCACCAUCAGCCCGUCCCCACCACCAGCCCCCCUCCCACCCUUCUCCCCCCCCCCCCUCUCCCUCUCUCUCUCUCUCUCUCUCUCUUUCUCUCGCACACACACACACACACACACUCCCCUCCCCCACCCCCCACCCACAUCCUCCCGUUCUGCCCCUCCCUGCCCCUGUUCCACCCCCUCGCACGCCCCUCACCUCUCACCUCCGUUCAACUGGAUUCCCCCCCUCUGGUGCAUCCCUUGCAUCGCUCGCCCCUCUGCUCACCCUCUGCCCGCCCCUUUUCCUUGCCCUCAGCUGGCCCAGCCCCUGCCCGUUGCUGCCCCUCCCCUUGCCCCCUCAACUCCCCUGCCCCCCGUACACCCCACUCCCGUCCAACCGCCCCCACCCUCCCCCGGCUGCCCGUUUCCGCUCUCCACCCCCGCGACCGUGUGCGGCUUCCAACCGCCCAACGGUGUCACACCCCCUGCCCCCUCAUGCCAUCCGCUCCCCCCGCCCCUACCCUCCGCGUGCCCGCUCCCUCGCCGCCUCUUUUGACCCUCCCUGCCCCCCUCGCCGUUACCCACCGCUCGCCAUUCGCUCCUCCCCGCCCGUGCCCUCCCCUCGUUUACCUUCGCCUCCCCCCUCCCCUCCUCUGCUGCACGCCUCUUCCUUCCCCUCGCUAACCCACUCCACUCCCUGCCCCUCCUCAAUCCGCACCCUGCCCCUCGUUUCUCGCCCCCCUACGCUUGGUUUCUCCCCUCCCUGCCCCUCGCCGCCUUUCUCCGCUCCCCACCUCCCCCCUCUCCCUGCCCCCCCACUCUCCUCCACUUGCCCUUGGCUUCCCACCUCCCUGCCCCACCUUUCCCCCCUCCGUGUGCUCAGCUUCUCCCCUCCCUGCCUCUCCCUCCUCCCCGCCCUGCCCCUCAUUUUCCGCCCCCCCACGCCCGGUUUCUCCCCUCCCUGCACCUCCCUUUCUUUCUCCGUGCCUCUCCUUUGCUCCCUCCCUGCCCCCGCCUGCCCAUGCCCCUGUCUUUGGUUUCUCCCCUCCCUGCCCCACGUUUCUUCCCUCCCUGAGAUCACCUUGUACCCCCUCUGCCCCUCCCUUGUUCUCCCCGCACCCAUUGCUUCUCCCCUCCCUGCCCUUGAUUUCCCGCACCCCUGCCCUUGUUUCCUACCAUCCAUGCCCCUCGUUUCCCCUCUUUGUACGUUCACCCUCUUCCCUCCCUGCCCCUCCCUUCCUCCCCCCCUGCCCUUUGCUUUCCCCUCCCCCUGCCCGUUGCUGCCCCUCCCCUUGCCCCCUCAACUCCCCUGCCCCCCGUACACCCCACUCCCGUCCAACCGCCCCCACCCUCCCCCGGCUGCCCGUUUCCGCUCUCCACCCCCGCGACCGUGUGCGGCUUCCAACCGCCCAACGGUGUCACACCCCCUGCCCCCUCAUGCCAUCCGCUCCCCCCGCCCCUACCCUCCGCGUGCCCGCUCCCUCGCCGCCUCUUUUGACCCUCCCUGCCCCCCUCGCCGUUACCCACCGCUCGCCAUUCGCUCCUCCCCGCCCGUGCCCUCCCCUCGUUUACCUUCGCCUCCCCCCUCCCCUCCUCUGCUGCACGCCUCUUCCUUCCCCUCGCUAACCCACUCCACUCCCUGCCCCUCCUCAAUCCGCACCCUGCCCCUCGUUUCUCGCCCCCCUAUGCUUGGUUUCUCCCCCCCUGCCCUUUGCUUUCCCCUCGUUACGCUCCCUUCUCCCCAUCCCUGCUGCCCUCUUACCACCAUCAGCCCCCCCUGCCCGUUGCUGCCCCUCCCCUUGCCCCCUCAACUCCCCUGCCCCCCGUACACCCCACUCCCGUCCAACCGCCCCCACCCUCCCCCGGCUGCCCGUUUCCGCUCUCCACCCCCGCGACCGUGUGCGGCUUCCAACCGCCCAACGGUGUCACACCCCCUGCCCCCUCAUGCCAUCCGCUCCCCCCGCCCCUACCCUCCGCGUGCCCGCUCCCUCGCCGCCUCUUUUGACCCUCCCUGCCCCCCUCGCCGUUACCCACCGCUCGCCAUUCGCUCCUCCCCGCCCGUGCCCUCCCCUCGUUUACCUUCGCCUCCCCCCUCCCCUCCUCUGCUGCACGCCUCUUCCUUCCCCUCGCUAACCCACUCCACUCCCUGCCCCUCCUCAAUCCGCACCCUGCCCCUCGUUUCUCGCCCCCCUAUGCUUGGUUUCUCCCCCCCUGCCCUUUGCUUUCCCCUCGUUACGCUCCCUUCUCCCCAUCCCUGCUGCCCUCUUACCACCAUCAGCCCGUCCCCACCACCAGCCCCCCUCCCACCCUUCUCCCCCCCCCCCUCUCCCUCUCUCUCUCUCUCUCUCUAUCUCUCUCACUCUCUCUCUCUCUCUCUCUCUUUCUCUCGCACACACACACACACACACACACUCCCCUCCCCCACCCCCCACCCACAUCCUCCCGUUCUGCCCCUCCCUGCCCCUGUUCCACCCCCUCGCACGCCCCUCACCUCUCACCUCCGUUCAACUGGAUUCCCCCCCUCUGGUGCAUCCCUUGCAUCGCUCGCCCCUCUGCUCACCCUCUGCCCGCCCCUUUUCCUUGCCCUCAGCUGGCCCAGCCCCUGCCCGUUGCUGCCCCUCCCCUUGCCCCCUCAACUCCCCUGCCCCCCGUACACCCCACUCCCGUCCAACCGCCCCCACCCUCCCCCGGCUGCCCGUUUCCGCUCUCCACCCCCGCGACCGUGUGCGGCUUCCAACCGCCCAACGGUGGUGCGCACGGGGCGUUUCUUCGCGCGGGCAAGCCUCCCCGGGGGCCCCCCACCCCGCUGA